GGCAGUCCGUCUUCCCGGAGCCUCCUCGUCGGCCGCCCUGCCCUUGGCGAGGACCCCUCGGCAUCCCGGAGGAGCACGCCCGGACACCGGACCAUGAAGCGCGCCGUGGCCGCCUGGCUCUUGGUUGGCCUCAGCCUCGGAGUCCCUCAGCUCGGUAGAGGUGAUGUCUGUGACCCCAAUCCCUGUGAAAAUGGGGGCAUCUGCUUGUCGGACUUGGCUGGGGACUCUUUUUCCUGUGAGUGUCCCGAGGGCUUCACAGACCCCAACUGCUCCAGUGUUGUGGAGGUUGAUGCAGAAGAUCCGACCACAGCAGGGCCCUGCACCCCGAACCCGUGCCAUAACGGAGGAACCUGCGAAAUCAGCGAGGCCUACAGAGGAGACACGUUCAUAGGCUACGUGUGCAGAUGCCCCAGGGGCUUCAAGGGGAUCCACUGUCAGCACAACAUCAAUGAAUGUGAAGCUGAGCCUUGCAGAAAUGGUGGCAUCUGCACAGACCUCGUGGCCAACUACUCCUGCGAGUGUCCGGGUGAAUUCAUGGGAAGGAAUUGCCAAUAUAAGUGCUCGGGCCCUUUGGGAAUCGAAGGCGGGAUCAUAUCAAACCAGCAGAUCACAGCUUCGUCCACUCACCGAGCCCUGUUUGGACUCCAGAAAUGGUACCCCUACUAUGCACGGCUCAACAAGAAGGGGCUGAUAAACGCCUGGACGGCUGCAGAAAACGACAGGUGGCCGUGGAUUCAGAUAAACCUGCAGAGGAAGAUGAGAGUGACUGGUGUGAUUACUCAAGGAGCCAAGAGGAUCGGGAGCCCAGAGUACAUAAAAUCCUACAAAAUUGCCUACAGUAAUGACGGAAAGUCGUGGGCCAUGUACAAAGGGAAAGGCACCAGUGAAGAUGUGGUGUUUCGUGGAAAUGUGGAUAACAACACCCCCUAUGCCAACUCUUUCACACCCCCUAUAAAGGCUCAGUAUGUCAGACUGUAUCCCCAAGUUUGUCGAAGGCACUGCACCUUGCGGAUGGAACUCCUGGGCUGCGAACUGUCAGGCUGCUCUGAGCCCCUGGGGAUGAAGUCGGGACACAUACAAGACUAUCAGAUCACUGCCUCCAGCAUCUUCAAAACCCUCAACAUGGACAUGUUCAGCUGGGAGCCGCGGAAAGCCCGGCUGGACAAGCAGGGCAAGGUGAACGCCUGGACCUCCGGCCACAACGACCAGUCGCAGUGGUUGCAGGUGGAUCUUCUUGUCCCUACCAAGGUGACUGGCAUUAUUACCCAAGGAGCUAAGGAUUUUGGCCACGUACAGUUUGUGGGUUCCUACAAGCUAGCUUACAGCAACGACGGCGAGCACUGGACCGUGUACCAGGAUGAGAAGCAAAGAAAGGACAAGGUCUUCCAGGGCAAUUUUGACAAUGACACCCACAGAAAAAACGUCAUCAACCCCCCCAUCUCCGCACGGCUGCUGAGGAUCCUGCCUUGGUCCUGGUACGGCAGGAUCACCCUGCGGUCAGAGCUGCUGGGCUGCACGGAGGAGGAGUGAGGGGCCCUCUCCUCCCCUCCCCGGGGAGCUUCACGGAGGGACUGUGCAACACGCGUAGGAAACGGAAUGUUUGUGCUUUUCAUGAGGAAGUACUCAGAUGAUGGUGGGCCACUAGCUGUCUUUUUAGGGAGUCUAAGCCUGCCUUUUCAAUGAGGUCAUUUGAUUUUUUUUUAAUUGUUCACAUCGUAAGUAGCCUCAUAUUAAUUGUGAAUCACUUCUCUUUUUUCUGAAUUGUUGUCAUCGGUCGAGAUAUUAGAGGGAGAGGU